AGGAAAAUCGCGUGAAUUUUUCAACCAGGUAGGACGUACUUAGUGUGCGAGACGCCGCCGUGAGAGGCAAUAUGAUUCUUUGAUAAAGUCGUCCAUAACCUUAAAUUUUUAUCUCUGAAGUAUUUCGAAUAUUUUUAGAGAAACAGAACACGGGUUUAGAAUAAUAUUUUUGUACGUUUUAUAACUGUUGUUGAACAACUGUAUUCGUGUCCAGUUUGUUAUUGUAUACUUGAUAUUGAAAUCCAUCGAGCAAGCUAAUUCAUGAUAAUUGAAGGUUAUGAGCAUACUUACUGCGUGUAACGUACACAACUUAACUUAUGUUUUAUUAUGAAGCGGCGUCAAAGAAGACCUGUCUUAGAACUUAAUCAAACACAAGCUGGCUCUCACGGGGAUCAUGUGCAAAAUAAACGGAAACAAACAAAUCUUGAAUACCCUGGACAAAAUGUACCUGGAAACCCAUUGGCAAAUUUACUUUGCCACUAUAAUUCAGAUAGUGACACUGAGGAUCCAAAGAAAGAUGUUUGUAAGUUAGAUGAUCAAGUGAACAACUUCCUCAAGGAAAUACAACUUAUUGCUCCAAAACAACCCAUUGCAAAUGAAUUCAAUAAUGCUGCCUUAACAACAAAUUCCAAUACACAGUUAUCACAUCACACUAAUCAACAAGCAUCAAUGUGGCGCGAGUGCUUAGAUGAAUCUUCCGGUUACCCAUACUAUUGGCACAUAGAGACCAAUGAGGUAACCUGGGAGAUGCCAGAGGAAUUACGGUACAUGAAGAAUAAUGUUAAGACCAGCUCUGUGAUGAAACCUCAUUCAAUGCAAGACUCUCAUUGGGUUGACUUCUCGUCGGUUGCAUACCAAUCACACGAAAACAUACCGGAAGGUAUGAUACCAAGAGAAGUAGUGGCUCGGAAUCGUAACAGAUAUAUUCGCAACGAGACAGCUAAAAAACAGGAACCGCCAACUGACCAAGAUACCACGAACACGUCCGAUACGAUGGAUAACGAGUCCGAUGACGGAAAAAUAGAAAUGAUAACAUCGUACGGGUCUGAAGAGAGUGACUCUGACUCAGCAGACGAAAAUCACUCGAAAUCAGAAGCGCCUCCAACAUCCACAAGUGAAUCUGUCAGUACAAACUCAACGACAAAGCCGAAAGAUAUAUUUUCCUCGUCGACAUCUACGAGACAUCCGCAAAUGCUGAAGGCAUCUCAGAACUUGGACCAAGACACCGAAGAGCCUGUGGAGAAUUCAAGAACAGAAGUGUUAGAUUCAAAGUUAGUUGAAGAAAAGGAUGCAAAGUACUCGAAGAACCAAGUGCAAGAACCUCAAGAGUGCAUAGAGAGAGUUGCUACUGACAGUCGAACCGUUAGGGACUGUAAGACAGCGGUAGCUAACGAUGGCAGUAGUAAAAGCAACCCUGGUUCUGAUUUUGACUUCAGAGUGUCUUUGGUACCUGGCUAUGAUGAGGAUUCUGACCCUGAAGAGGAACCUGAAGUCAGGCAGGAGAGAAAAGCUUUGUUCCCUAUCCCUCAGACAGAGAACACUAUGGAGGGUUCAAGUUUAAAGGUUCAUCGAGUACCAGAUAACGGUGACAGCAGCGUCGUGAACAGUGAGAAAAGAAAUGUUCAGGAACUGGAGAACGAGGUUACUUCUGAGAAGACAGAGAGUGGUGAGGAGGUAUCUUCAAAACCAGAGGACGAUGGGCAAAAGGCAAAUAAGUUCUUGGACAACUUGCACGGCAGGAGUAAGUUCUUCCAGAGAAAGAAGCGUAUCGCGUUUGAAGUUCCGUCCACGAAAAAAAAACCAGUAGACAAGGAUGAGACUGUCAAACCAGAAAUCGAUGCGCAACAAGAGGAAACGAACACGUCUGACAGCGUUGACCGUACCGAUGAGGUACACGCUGAUCCCCAAGAGGAGCAAACUACUGUGAUAACAGAAGAUAAACCGGAAGACGUCGCGGAUCAUAUCACGGAGCCGAGCAAACUUGAAGAAGAGGCUACCACACCGUCCGAGACGACCGGUGAUUCAAAAGAAGACGAAGGAGAAGUUGCACUGUUGUCGCAGAUCAUUCUCGAGAAACUGAAGUUUUUGUCCGAAGGGAAACCAACCGUGUCUCCUGUUCAGAUGAUGUCUAUCCAGUUACAGACAUUGUUUGUCGCAUGGGAAGGAGGUUGCUUAGAAAAGAGUUACUUGCGUAGGUGGUUGACUGACACCAGUCACGAACUGGAACGAUUGGAACAAGACGCGGCACCGCCUGGAUGGCUUUGUCAGUGGGAUAGGUCGCAUAAACGAUAUUAUUACCAGAACACUGCCACCGGAGUAACCCAAUGGAUCUAUCCGGAUACUGGCAUCGCUGGUGGCGCAGAGGAAAUGGAAAUUUGCUCGACGCCUCCACCAAUGGAACAGGAAGAGAUGAUUGCCACAGCAGCAGAAGAGGAAGGACUGAAGUCGAAACCAAAGAAACCGCAAGAAGGUAGCGAUACGAGUCAAGAUGUAACAAUUUCAAGGAACCCUGACGUGGAAGCUCCUCCACCGCCACAGAUUUCGAAUCCAAGCCCACCUCCACCACCAAGAAUAUAUGGAAAUGAUAUGAAGAAGGACAAAAGAAAACGGGACAAAGGCAGUGAUGCCUUGGACAGUAAAAAGCAACGAGUAGGAGAAGAAGGGACAGUAAUCACAGAAGUCAGCCAACUAGAGAACCCUGCCAUAUCUUCUCUGUCUAAUCCUGCAACGUCUCUGUCACCUCAAGCUACCACCCUCGCAAACAUAGCCAAUGUAGCUAAUGUGACUAGUGUGACAAAUGUGGAACCCUUACCACCUGGUGUGGAUUUAACGGAAGCGCCUUAUGAAUUGCCAGCAACCGCUUUGAAAAGGAUUAUAUACAGUGCUGUGCAGCCUCAAGGUACUGCACUGUAUGAUGCCACUGCAAGAGAUCCAGCAGUUCCCAUUCUGAGUCAUCCAGCAGCCAUUGUUCAAGAACAUUAUCUUCAGUAUCCAGCAUACCAACACUUACAUUCUCCGGCAGCCUUAGUACUUCCGCAUAAACAUGGCGUGCAGCCAGCAAUUCAAAUUAUACCGGAUUACACGCCGAUAUACACGAACCACAAGGUGAUCGAAAAGCCACCAAUUAAAACAGCCAAAGAAUCCUUGGUGUCUGCUCUGGAUUCAUUUUACAACGACAUCGCUCGCAUAGAGAACAGUAGGACCGAGAAAGUCCCGCAAAGGCAGGACAUAGUAACAACAGAGUCAUCUUUACCUGUGGAGGAGGCAAAAGUCGACAUGGAACUGGAAACUUUGCAUGUUGAUGCGGCCAUGAAGGAAAAGAAGAAGAAGAAGGCAAGGAUUGGUAUCAGCAAGAAACACAAGGAAGUGUCCAGUAUGGUAGCUAAAUGGCAAAAAGUACAACAAAACUUUGAGAAUACUUAAAGUGAUCAUUAGCAGCGAAGAAAAUAAUGGAUUUCAGUAAUGAACAGAUCUCCUUGAGUAUCAGUGUUCAAACAAGACUUGAAUACAGAAACCAUAAGAUUUUAUUUUCUAGAUGUAACUUUGUAAAAUUCAUAGUGCACUGUACCUCCGCCUAUGUAUAGUGUUCUUGUACCUGCAGUUGACAUUGUUACCACUCCUCAUAAACUAGUUUACUAUUUUAUCAAUGGAAAGUUCGAAAGGAUUUGCUGUAGAGAACGAUUUUCGCAUUGUCCACGCACACGAUGCUAUUUACAGGCAUUUACUUAUUGUUCACGUUCAUUUUCGAACCAGCUUGAACGUUAAUUAAUAUGUAAACCACGGAUACAAUCGAUAUGUUCCCGUUUCGAUUAAGAUUAUUGUAAUCGAUGUCCCCAACGUUGUAUAUAUCGCGUAUUGAUUUUAUAUUUCAAAAACCAUUCGUUACUUAAGUGUUAGAUCGAUUGGUAGAUUUUGAAUUAUGGCGGUUACUAUAAAUUAAGAGUAAUUUAAUACUUCAUUAUCAACAUUCUCCGGACAGCGAAACCGUACAGAAUAAAUUAUUGAUGAGAGGUCACGCUUACAUGCUUCCAGAGCUAGAAUAUUUUUUAAAUGAAUCAUAGGAUAUCGGUAUCAGUGAAGAAAUUUGUUUGUAAUAUUGUAUGCUUUACAGAACUGUUUU